AUGAUGAGGGACACCUUCGCAACGAAGAGCGGUGGUAAACUUGCCUCUGAGAUGCACUACUCCAGCGGGUCUUCCUCAGAAGGUGCUCUCCAUCAUGGUGAUGAAUCGGUCAAUCGAGACGAAGAGGAGAUGGCCAGGUUGGGCAAACGACAAGAACUAAGGCGCAACUUUGGCUUCAUGAGCAUGCUCGGCUUCUCCUGCACCUUGAUGAUUACCUGGGAAGGUCUCCUGACCGUCUUUGUGUACGGGUUGACCGACGGUGGACCGGCGGGGCUCGUUUAUGGUUAUCUGUUCUGCUGGCUGGGAUAUUUCACUGUCGUGGCUUCUCUGGCUGAAAUGGUCUCAAUGGCCCCGACCGCAGGCGGUCAGUACCACUGGACAUUUCUGUUCGCGCCCAAAUCCUGCCGCAACUUUCUCUCCUUCAUCACAGGAUGGCAAUCCGUUCUGUCGUGGCAAGCUUGUUUGGCAUCAGCAGCUUACCUCGGCGGCACCAUCAUUCAAGGUCUCCUCGUGCUCAAUUAUCCCACCUACAACUUCCAGCGAUGGCACGGCACCCUUCUUCUGUACUCCGUUAUCUUGUUGGCAAUGCUCUUCAACACCUACCUGGCCAAACAGCUUCCCACGGUAGAAGGUGCCGUGCUGAUCGUGCACAUUGUCGGCUUUUUUGGUGUCCUCAUCACUCUGGUUUACCUGGCACCGCAUGGCAACGCCCAUGACGUGUUUGUCCUAUACCUCAACAACGGCGGAUACGACAAGGGAACGUCCUUCUUCGUCGGCCUCAUCACCACCGUCUUUGCUUUCAUCGGAGCCGACGGAGCCAUCCACAUGAGCGAGGAAAUCAAGAAUGCUUCGACGGUUGUGCCCCAAUCACUGAUGGCAUCCAUCGGCUUGAAUGGCACUAUGGGUUUCUCCAUGCUGAUCGCAAUCCUGUUCUGUAUCGGCGACAUCGACAAUGCCUUGUCCUCUUCCACGGGCUUUCCAUUCAUCGAGAUCUUCCACCAGGCCGUCAAGUCGACCGGCGGAGCGACCGCUAUGAGUGCGAUCGUCCUUUCGUUGAUGAUCUUUGCCACGAUCGCCGUUCUGGCUGCGGCCUCUCGAAUGAUGUGGGCUUUUGCUCGCGACAACGGUCUGCCUGGCUCACGGUUCAUUUCACGGGUUGAGCCAAGGACCAAGCUGCCGCUAUAUUCCAUUGCGGUAUCAGUCAUCAUCACCUUGCUUCUUGGACUGAUCAACAUCGGUUCAUCCGCCGCUUUCAACGCGGUUGCCUCGCUGGUCGUGUCUGGAUAUCUGGGCAGUUACACUCUCCCCAUGCUGCUGUUGUUGUACAAGAAGCUCUUCCACCCAGCGUCCAUCCAUUACGGGCCGUGGACCUUGGGCCGACGCUUGGGCAUUUUCUGCAACGUUUUCGGACUGGUCUGGAUUGCCAUUGUGAUGACAUUCAGCUUCUUCCCUUCCGUGCGGACCGAUUUGACUCCCCAAACCAUGAACUGGUCCUGCCUGCUCUGGGGAGGAACCAUGCUCAUCGGGGUGGGAAGCUAUUUUGGACACCUGCGAGGAAGAUACAACGGCCCGAUUGUUGAGACGGACAUCAUGGAUCAAGUGCGUGGCGUCUGA